AGUUUCUAGAGUUGAUUUACGAGCAUGAACGAUUGCGUGCACCUUUGCACGAAUUCAAGGAAGACGCUGAAAAACACACGUUCAUGUGCUUGCAAUUGACCAAUCACAUGGAAUUACUCACACAUUUAAGGAGUUUUCUGCGCUACGCUACUUUCAUCUUCAAAAGAAGACUGUCCAACAAUGCUAUCUAAAAUUGGCUCAUAAGACUACUGUGGCAAAGUUGGGAGCUCACUUUCAACAUUAAGUCAGUCUUCAACAUCAGAAUAAGAGAGACCUUGCCAAACAAGCCAACAGAGCGUGAAAUCUCACUUAGCAACAAAGCAACUCUGAGCUAAUCAGACCCCAUUUAAAUGUUCUUCAUUUGUUAUGACACGUGCUGGCACUGCUUUUGCUUUUUGAAAGCUAAACAGACUCCCCUUUACUUCACGUUUCAAUGCUGUAGUUUUUAAAAGAAUAUGGCUAUGGAUCUUGAUCAUGACUAUUAAAUAUUCAUGACAAAAUUGGGACCAGAGAAAAAGUCAGAAUACUCAAGGUUUGGGUAUAAUGAAGUUAUGUUGCCCGCACUGAUCCACGCGAUGUGGCACGAGUGGAAUCUAAAACAUUCAUCUGUACAGAAGACAAAGGAGAAUCCAUCCCAGCAGCAAAGGAUGGAGUUAAAGAAUGCCUGGGUCAAUGGAUGAGUAUUGAGGACAUGAACAAGGAGUUGAGUGCAAGAUUUCCGGGUUGCAUGAGAGGCCGCACCAUGUAUGUUAUGGCGUUCAGUAUGGGUCCAGUUGGGUCUCCUGUGUCUAAGAUUGGUAUCCAAGUCACAGACUCUGCUUAUGUUGUCUGCUGCAUGCGUAUCAUGACCAGAAUGGGGAGUCAUGUAUUGAAAUUUCUUGGAGAUAACGACUUUGUGAAGUGUCUUCACUCAGUUGGCAUGCCUAAAGCUGAGUAAGCCCCUGACUGCCAAUGGCCAUGCAAUCCAGAUAGGACUGUCAUUGCACAUUUUCCUCAUGAUCGUGAAGUCAAAUCAUUUGGAAGUGGUUAUGGAGGGAACUCUCUGUUGGGAAAGAAGUGUUUUGCUCUACCGAUUGCUAGCACAAUUGGUCGUGAUGAAGGAUGGUUGGCAGAGCACAUGUUGAUCAUGGGCCUUACAAAUCCCAAGGGAGAGAAGAAGUACAUCACUGCAGCCUUCCCAAGUGCCUGUGGUAAAACUAACCUAGCCAUGAUAACACCAACAAUUCCAGGAUGGAAGGUUGAAUGUGUGGGUGAUGACAUUGCUUGGAUGUGGUUUGAUGAAGAAGGACAACUGAGAGCUAUUAAUCCAGAAAGUGGCUUCUUUAGAGUUGCACCAGGAUCAUCUUAUUUGAUGAAUCCAGUUGCAAUGAAGACUUUUCAAAAGGACACGAUUUUCACCAAUGUGGCAGAAACUAGUGAUGGCGACUUUUUUUGGGAAGGUUUGCCACUGCCAGAUCAUGUAGAAAUAACUUCCUGGCUUGGAGUGAAAAACUGGAAGCCUGGUAAUAACAAGGCAGCACAUCCUAACUCCAGAUUCUGUGCACCAAGUGAUCAUUGUCCAAUCAUGGACAAAGCCUGGGAGGACCCUAAGGGUGUUCCCAUAAGUGCCAUUCUAUUUGGUGGUUGACGCCCACAGGGAGUUCCCUUGGUCUAUCAGUCAUUUAAUUGGCAGCAUGGGGUGUUUGUUGCCUCAGCCAUGUCAUCUGAGGCCACUGCUGCCGCUGAGCACAAGGGUAAAACUGCCAUGAGAGACCCUUUUGCCAUGAGACCUUUCUUUGGAGAUGAGAAACCAAACCACAAAAUGCCAAAGAUUUUCCAUGUUAACUGGUUCCGUGUGGAUGAAAAUGGUCAUUGCUUAUGGCCAGGGUUUGGAGAGAACUGCCGUGUUCUGGAAUGGGUGCUGAGACGCUGUGAUGAUGAAGAUGUGGCAGAUGUGACUCCAGUUGGGUACAUACCUAAACUAGAUUCCAUUAACGUUGACGACCUUACAGCAAAGCUAGACAUGGAGAAGCUGUUUGACAUCCCCAAAGAUUAUUGGCUGGGAGAAUGUCAGUAUCUACGCAAGUACUACGAGGAUCAGUUGGGAGCUGAUUUGCCUCAAGCAGUACGUGAUGAGCUGAAUGCACUGGAAGAGCGUCUGAAGGCAGCUUAAGCUGACCACUGCGGUGGAAAGACUAAGCAAAUGCUGCUGUAUCCACCGUUUUCGCUACUUCUUAUCUUACAGAUAUUUUCUCUGAUUUUUACUAUGAUCGCUUUGACUGGUUGUUGUUAUUCAAGACCUUCUACUGCGAUUACGAAAGUUGUUUUGACAAUUAUUAUAUACCCCAGGGAUUUCUGGAUAGUUUCUUAAUGGAAAAAUCUUUAAAAAAAUGAAGGGAAAAAAGGUUAGUUGGUGCAAGAGCUUUACAAAUUACCCACUUAUGGUAUCUAUUUAUGACGCAGAAAACUGUUCAAUAAAAACUGAUCAAAACUCA